AUGAUCCGCAGAUGCGUCUUGUUAUCAAGGAUUCCUGGCAGUAAUGUGGAGCGUGAAGAAGAGGGUGAACUUCUUCGCAAAGCGAUGGAUCGAGAUGUGAUUAAUGUGGCCAGGUAUUAUCACCAUGAGACCGUCCAGGUCGGCGGCAGGGAUGAUGAUAUUCAGAGCAACGUACGAAAGGAAUUGGACAUCGCACGCGCAAAGAACUGCCCCUCCAAGCACUCGAUAUCAUCACAAAACACAAGUGCAGCUACUACUCCCCGGAUAGGGCGCACCGCCGGCCUAAAACGGUCGUCUAGCCAGGCUGGAGUCUCUCUACCGCCAAGCAAGCGAUCUUGUUCUGUUUCCUCGACAAAAGCUGAGAGUCAACCUGUGUCGAAUCGAGUACACCGGCGAGUCGUGGUCCGCGAUUUCGGGGAGCCGAUUUACAAGGCGAGCUCUCCAGCAGCUCUGCUCCGCGCGCUAGAGGGCUGCAUAAGGGGGCACGAAUCUUUGUACCGCAAGGCUGGUCUUCUUCAUCGGGACAUCUCGAUCAAUAAUCUGAUAAUCAACGAGGACAGGAAUAAUCCAUCCUGGCCAGCGUUUUUGAUUGAUCUGGAUCUUGCUAUCGCGAAAGAACAACAAUAUGCUUCAGAGGCUAAGAGAAAGACUGGUACCAGAGCCUUUAUGGCUAUUGGGGUGCUUGUCGGCGAGCAACAUUCCUUCAUGCAUGAUCUUGAGUCGUUCUUCUGGGUGCUGUUCUGGAUAUGCAUUCAUUAUGCUGGGCCAGAUGACAGGGGCAGAAUAAUCCCACAGUUUGACCAGUGGAACUUUAUCGAUACAGUGGAGCUGGCUCAGCUCAAGCUGGGCACAGUUUCUGACGACGAAAUUUUCCGCAGAACUGUAACGGGAUAUUUCACCGAAUACUACGAGCCUGUGAUCCCUUGGAUCAACAAGUUACGGAGGAUAGUGUUCCCAGGGGGUGGGAGGUGGAAAAGCGAAGAUGAAGGGUUGUAUUCAUCAAUGAAGAAGGUUCUUGAUGAGGCUGCAAAUGAGUUGAAAUAA